CUCUGCGCUUUGUCCUACUCCCUCUUGACAUCCCCUCGCAGAUGCCUACAAGUACAGAGCGAUGACAUCUCAAGAUCCGUUGAUGACGGCGCGCACGCUGUCGGGCUGGCUCAAGCUCACAGAUCAGCUCGAUAGUACAUCGCCUGCUGUACCCAAUGUACGCGCUCGCAGCAUGGCCACGAGGCCAGUGCAGAGACCCGAAUGGCCCCCAAUGCUGCCACAAUCUGCUUUCCUCUCUCCAAAGCGGCCGCGCUACGAUGCGACACCGCUGACGCCGCUCACAAGCACCUCAGCAGAUGCGCUACUUCUCCCAGAGGAGCCGGCCAAUCGCUCACCUUCCACACUGCGGCACCUCAGUCAGAUGGUGAUUGGCUUCGCGAUUUUUGAUGCUGGCGAGGAGCUUCUGUUUGCGCCCUCGCCCAACUCGACGGCCGCAUCCAUCGCAAUAACGAAGAAAAGAGCGACUCUUGCCGACAGCUCACCAUCCCAUGUAGCCAGUCUGAUUCCCAUUACUCCGCCCAGAUCGCCGGUACGGCCCUUCCAUACUUCGAGGGGAAUUAUGUAUGAAUACGAGAAAGAUCAAGGAAGACACACGUUCAUGUGUAGAGGACAUGCCAUGUCAACAGACACCUCGCCUGGCCUGCCUAUCGCUUGCAUUAUCACGGCUAUGCUAGCAUUCGGUUUACCUGUACUCUCUGUUCUCGUCAAUGCGGACGCGUGGCUCCAUGCGAUGCCGACUCGCAUCUGCUUCAUUGUGCUAGUCUACGCCUGGCUGAUCGCCCUAACCUCCCUGACGCGGGCAGCGCUUACCGAUCCUGGCAUACUACCAACAGACAUCGAUACAAAGGAGCCUUCGACAGACUAUCGCGAGAUUCAGUUCGGCUUGUCGAAGUCGUUCAGGACGAAAGAAGAGACGGUCUCGAUGGUCUGGAUGACGACCAAGUAUUGCACGACUUGCAAGCUAUACCGACCACCACGCGCGAGUCACUGUCGUCUCUGUAACGCUUGCUGCCUCAAUCUCGAUCACCACUGCGUCUAUUUGAACACGUGCAUAGGCGAGCGCAAUUAUGGCAGCUUCCUGGCAGGGCUAAGCGGCGCAGUCCUUGCCCUGUCGCUUCUCAUCGCACUCCUGGCCAUGCAGCUUCUAGCCUCAGCGCAGCCUGUUGAUAUAUUACCGCGGAUACUCAACCCUGUUCUAUUGAGUGUUUCCGGCCUGCUGUGGGUGCCAACGACAGGUUUAUGUCUUUACCACGCUAGACUAGUAUACAGAGGUCAGAGCACAGUCGAAUCUCUACGCUCCGGCAUGCACGACCUUAUACAAACGCCCUUUGCUCAACGCACACGUCUCAGGACUAUCAUCGCUUUGGUUGGCCGUCCCGUCGUACGACAAGCUCGUCAAUGGUCAAGGCCGGUGCGGGUCGACGACAGACUCGACAAUCCGUUCGUGUGGGCUCGUGAGCGACAUGUACAGAAUCGCAAGCCACCACCCAGCUGGCACGCUUCGUUUGCCAGCGCCCCCCAGAAGACACAUUAGAUGUGCCUCGUCUACUCUGCGCAGUGCAGCCGAGAUUUCUUGACCACAACAGGACCAACGAAUUUGUCAUACCUCGCUCCAGGUUUUCGCAGCGGUGUAUUGUUGGAGUCUUGCAUUGCACUGAGUUGAACGAGGACCACUCCCAACAGCACAUCUCUCCUCAGUCUCUCUGGUUUCAUCCAAACAAUGCAGCACUUGCAAGAUGCUCUCUUCUGAG